UAUUCCAGAAUCUUCGUUCAAACAAUUAUCAACCCUGCAACCUUAUUCUGUCUUGUCUCCGGCGGCAUCUCUAUCUUCUCUCCAUUUCCAGCCUUAGUUUUCUCGGCAAUGGCACACUCAGACUUCAAGAAAGUUCAGAUCCAGAGGGACGAUACUGUGUUUGAUGCUUAUGUGGUUGGCAAAGAUGAUGCACCAGGAAUUGUUGUACUUCAGGAAUGGUGGGGUAUUGACACUGAGAUCAAGAACCAUGCUCUGAAAAUCUCUCAAUUUGGAUCUGGCUACAAAGCACUUAUUCCAGACUUGUAUAGAGGUAAAGUCGGUCUAGAUGUUGCGGAAGCACAGCAUUUGAUGGAUGGGCUUGACUGGCAAGGUGCUGUGAAGGAUAUAAAAGCAUCUAUUAACUGGCUCAAAGCAAAUGGUUCAAAGAAGAUUGGAGUGACUGGAUUUUGCAUGGGUGGUGCUUUAUCUAUUGCAAGUUCUGUUUUACUCCCUGAGGUGGAUGCUGUUGUAGCUUUUUAUGGGGUUCCUUCAUCAGAGCUUGCUGAUCCUGCUCAAGCUAAGGCACCUCUGCAGGCUCACUUUGGUGAGCUUGAUAACUUUGUUGGGUUUUCAGAUAUCACGGCUGCCAAAGGUUUGGAAGAGAAGCUGAAAGCAUCUGUAGUACCUAAUGAGGUACACAUUUAUCCAGGCACUGCACAUGCUUUCUUGAACAGGUCUCCUGAAGGUAUUCAGAGGAAGAAAGAUAUGGGAAUUGCUGAUGAAGACGAAGCUUCAGCUGAAUUAGCCUGGUCUCGUUUCAGCUCGUGGAUGAGCAGUUAUCUUUCCGCCUGAGCAAUCUGGAUACAUUCUACUUUCUGAAAUAUCACUUUGAAGCUUGUGUGUGUGGAAAUUCUAGGAAAAUAAAGUAUCUUGUUAAGACUAAUAAUAUUCACAUACUUCUUAAUCUGGAUCCAGAUAAAACUGCAAUAAAUUUUUGAAUUUGAGU